AUGAGAAUACCCAUUGCAUUAAUAAGUCUCUUGAUUGCCAAUGCGUAUGCAUUGACAUUGGCACAGCCAGAGGCAACACCGGAGCCAACUUUGGCCUCCACCACUGAUGCUUCCGAACCUACCCAACAUUUGCAUAAAAGAAUGAGGGAAGUGAUUGUCAACAAGCAACAUGCUGCAAAUCAAGCGAAAAAGACAGCGUCAUCAUCAUCAGAGAAGCCUCCCCCAGCAUGGUAUCGUACAGUUGAUGGGCAGGUUGAGAUUGUUAAACCAACAGUGAUUGCAGGUGUCACCAUCAGUGCCAAACCACCAAAGACUACCGAUCCUUUACAAGAAUGGGUUAGCUUGAACAAGCAAGGGUUGCCCAAGACAAUCAGACCGGAAAUAAAAAAGGGACGUACAAACAAAGGUCAUCCUGAUUAUAGCACAUAUUUCCAGAGUGCCACCACGGUCACAUACAACAAAGAGCAAUUGAAGGCACACAAUAUGGCAGAAGACGAGGUGUUUACUGAAGUGCAAUAUAUCGAAGAAUCUGACUUGGAAGACCAUAAGUUGAACCCCAUAAUACGAUGCACGCCUGACCGUUAUAAGAAAAAGGGAAUUGCCAAGGAUGUGCUGACAGAACCAUUCUGUACUCCUGAAGAUGAUGUGAGGUUGAUUUUGGACAAGACCCACUUUGUUACGUGGUACUCGCGUUAUUUUGCACCGGAAGUGAAAAAGGUUAGAAUCCAUUUAUCAAAUGUGAAAGAGAGCGCUAAGCAAAAGGGCUGGAAAAAGAGGGAUCUUGGUGAUGUCGAUGAAGAAGAUGAUAUUGAUUACACACCAUUUGAUAAAAGAUCCAAGGUGCUUGAACAUGGUGGUAAAGUCAAGGAAGGAUUCUAUGUGUCAGAGUGGGUAAGCAAUGAAGACGGAUAUUACCCAUUAACCAUUAUCGAAGACUGGUUCCCACCAAAUGUGUAUGAAAAGAAGGUAUUGAUCUCUUUGCAACCUGACAAUGUACCAGAUGACGAGUUUAGCGUAUUGACCGACUCAAUAGUGGUGGAAUUCUGGAAAGGAUCAAAAGUCCUGAAAGGCGAUUUUGCUGAUUUGCAUAGGCAAGAAGAGAAACAUAUGCAGAAAUACUUGACUGGAGAUGAUGUCGAGGAGGGGAUCGAUUAUGAAGAAUACUUGAUUAUGAUGACGUUACCUACUUGUGUUGUGAUUGCAGCAUUUGGUAUGUGGCUUUUUGUCAGAGUCAAUGCUUUUGAUUUGAGCAAUUUGAAGAAGAAGAAGUUCGCCAGAGAUAAGACGACCCACAGAAUGAUUCCCUUUGUUUCCAAGAAGAACAAGAAGUAUGACAGCUUGCCACUUAGUAAUUUGGAUGUAGGAGGAUCGAAGCGAGAUUAG